AUGAGCCGUGAAAACUGGCAUGAACUGAGUAGUCUCGAGCUAGCUGACCCAAAUUGUUACAUUCCAGCUCAAAUCGAUAUGGUUAUCGGCAGCCAUCUUAUUCCACAAAUUCUAGUGGAAGAGCUGCAAAAAGUUUGCGACAAUCUUCUUGCGCAAAAUACCUUAUUUGGAUGGAUACUUAGGUGUUCGGCGACCGAAAAGGUAUCCUCAUUUUCCACCCAAACAGAACGAGUUUCCAAAAAAACGCCCAGUACACAACUGAGACAAUUCUGGGAACAGGAGGAAAUCCAUAAACCUCCACAAAGUACGACUGAAAAUCAGGCAUGUGAAGAUUAUUAUGUUGCAACAACGACCCGCAUUUCAAGCGGUCACUGCAUUGUCAGGCUUCCAUUUAAGGAAACUUAUCCAGAAAAACUCACCCUAGGCCAUUACCGGUCUGCGGCAUUCCAGCAAUUCCUUAGCAUGGAACCUACGCUUCAGAAGAAAAGGGAGUUAAAGACAAUGUACAACGAUGUGUUGCAAGAAUAUAUAACGUUGGACCAUGGAACUCACAAUCCCCCGUGA